GAGAUAUUGGAUAGUGGAUAUCGGACAUUGGACUUGAAAUCUUGACCUUGAAAAUCUGGCGCGGUAGCUGGGAUCACUUCAUUAGCUUCUUUGAGAGUUUCCUCUGCUUUCUUUUGCCGAAUUAGGUACCGAAUUCAUCACGAUACAGUCAGAUGUCAUGGUUUAGAAGUCUUUGUAUUAAUGCAAGUCGAUACCAUAAAUCCCACGUUAUGCCUCCAAUUGAUGGGACAUCUCACUGGUUACGGAAAACAAUCGAGUCGGCUGCCGUAAUAGUGUUCAGCAAGACGGGAUGUCCUUUUUGUCGAAAAUUGAAGGAGAUUUUGGCUGAAGAAAAGAUCAGGCAUGCCACGAUUGAACUGGAUCAGUUACCAAAUGGUUCAACUAUUCAGAAAUCGCUAUCCAGUUUUUCAAAAAUUGAAACAGUUCCUCAGAUGUUUGUAAGGGGCAAGUUUAUCGGGGAUUCUCAAACUAUAAUUAAAUACCGCAACAAUAACCAGUUGGCAGCAAUUGUAAAUGAAAACAAGUUUGACUACGACUUAAUCGUUAUUGGUGGAGGAUCCGGUGGUCUUGCUGCAGCAAAGGAGGCAGCGAAGUAUGGUGCCAAAACAGCUGUUUUAGACUAUGUAGAACCCACUCCUUUGGGUACAACUUGGGGCCUGGGCGGAACAUGUGUGAACGUCGGUUGUAUUCCGAAAAAACUAAUGCAUCAAGCUGCACUUAUCAGCCAUUCUCUGGAAGAUGCACACCAUUUUGGAUGGAACGUAGACAAAUCAAAUAUUUCCCAUAAUUGGUCGACCAUGAUUGAAGGUGUUCAAAGUCACAUUGGUUCUUUGAACUGGGGCUAUAAAGUUACUUUGAGAGACAAUCAAGUCACAUAUCUAAAUGCCAAAGGUGUGUUAUUGAAUCGUCAUGAAGUGCAGAUUACAGAGAGAAAUAACAAGGUUUCAACAAUCACUGGAAACAAAAUUAUUCUGGCUACGGGUGAACGUCCGAAAUACCCCGAAAUACCUGGAGCAGUUGAAUAUGGAAUUACAAGUGAUGACCUCUUCUCUCUGCCCUACUUCCCUGGUAAAACACUUGUUGUCGGAGCGAGUUACGUUGCCCUCGAAUGUGCUGGUUUUCUAGCCAGUCUAGGUGGUGACGUUACUGUUAUGGUUCGUUCCAUUUUACUUCGUGGUUUUGAUCAACAAAUGGCUGAAAUGGUUGGUGAUUACAUGGAGAAACAUGGAGUCAAGUUUGUAAGGCUUUGCAUACCGGAUGAGAUCAAACAGAUAGAACCAGUGGAUACUGCAAACAAUAAACCUGGACGUCUGUUUGUAAAAGCUCAUUACACCGAUGGAAGGAAAUUUGAAGAAGAAUUCGAAACGGUCUUGUUUGCUGUUGGUCGUGAACCACAAUUAUCGAAGCUCAAUCCAGAAGCAGUUGGUAUUAAACUAGACAGAAAUGGUCGAGCUGUAUGUGAAGAUGAUGAUCAGACUACUGUCAGUAACAUUUAUGCUAUUGGAGAUAUUAACGCCGGUAAACCACAACUCACUCCUGUGGCCAUUCAAGCCGGACGUUAUUUAGCUAAACGAUUGUUCGCCGGUGAAACUGAACUCACUGAUUAUACCAAUGUAGCGACAACUGUUUUCACCCCACUAGAAUAUGGUGCUUGUGGAAUGAGUGAAGAGGAUGCAAUUGACAAGUUUGGUGAAAAUGAUAUUGAAGUUUAUCAUUCGCAUUUCAAACCGUUAGAAUGGACUGUAGCACAUCGUGAAGAUAAUGUGUGCUAUGCAAAACUUGUUUGUCGCAAAUCUGAUAAAAUGCGUGUGUUAGGUCUACAUGUUUUGGGUCCUAAUGCUGGUGAAAUAACUCAGGGAUAUGCGAUUGCAAUUAAAAUGGGUGCGACUAAAGCUGAUUUUGAUCGUACGAUUGGGAUUCAUCCAACAUCCUCUGAGACAUUUACCACAUUACAUGUAACGAAGAGAUCUGGUGCCUCUGCAGCAGUCACCGGUUGCUGAGGUUAAUUCCCCACUAAAGCCCAUAACCUCCUGUUCCUUUGGAUAAGUUGGAGGAGACUAUAUGGGCAUUAGUGGGGCUAUAUAGGUUCUUUUUGUAAAACUGACAAUUUAUUUUCUUCUAAAUGUGCCUUUUAAUGACCCGAAUUCUCAGAAAUCCUGUUCUGUUUUCGGAACACUGAGUUUUUGGUGAUGCUGUGGCACUGAAAUGAAGAAAACCUAACCCUGUGUGUGAUUGUGUGUAUUCACAUAUCUAACGUAUUCAUUUCGAAAAUUCUCUAUUCACUUUCGUCCCAACUUAUAAUCUAAACCAUGUGAACCUUUUUUCACCAAGUUUUCAAUGUGAACUGAUUAGUAUAUAAAAAUGAUGAGCGUAAAGAUGUUUUAUUUUCUAUCCCAAAGCAGACUCAUUAUAGGCGAUAAGUGUAUUUACUGUGGGAACAAAAUCACUCACUGGGUGGCAGUCACAUCCAGCUGACGAGUCCCAAAUAGGGAGAAAUGCACAUCCUGGAUUUCACUGCUAGCGAUUAGUGUAUUUGUCUAAAAGCUGUCGUAAAUAACUGUCACGCCAAAGGAAAAUUGACCCGAAAGUCAAUUUGUUUUCAUUCGAAGUCAUCGUAGCUAAUUUAUUCCCACUAAGAAUUGGUUUUCCUUGGGAGUUCGCCAGCAAGAUUUAAAGUUUAACAGAAGAGAACAGAAAGUAAACCACAAGUAGUGAACCAUAAAGAUGUUUUUUGACUUGAGUAUGAUGUAUUCUGUCAAGCGUAACUUCCAUGUCGUUUGCGCUGUCUAAAAUGAGUGUAAUUAGGCAGGAUGCUCUUCGUUCUAUAUUGAUCUUGGUGACUAGCAUAGGAAUCCAGGACGCGCGUCUCAUCCCACUCGGAACUCGUCAGCUGAACCCCAGUGAAUGAUGUUCCCACUAAGGCUCUAGCCCAAUGAUCUUCGCUUCAAAGGCCAGAGAGUUAUCCUCUAAGCAUGAUAGCCAUUUGUUGUAAUGAUACUUGUAAUUUCCCAUUGCUAUACAGGGUCGAAUUGCUCUUCGUCCUAAGUCAUGUAGAUAUGAUAUCAAAAUUCCAUUGGUUGAUUCACGCAACUGGAUUGGUUUGUCCAUUUAGAUGAACAGACUUCGUGUACGGACUACUUAAUAUGCUACAGAUUGCAUCUUUAUUUGUUAGUGACUAACAACCGAAUCCGGGAUUACCCAAGAUAGUUGUAUAAACGUAGAAAACCAUAUUCUUCAACUAUCACU